AUGUCUGACUCCUGCGAUAGCGACGCCUACAUCCUCGAUGACUUCGACCCGGACCACGGACGAGCCAGCCACAGCUACAGCUACAGCUACCUGCUGAGCAGUGAUAACUCGGCUCUGUCCUCUCGAAUACUCCGGCUGCUGCCCCCACGAUGGCGUAGGAGGUUUGUCAGGCGCCAGAAGACCGCCCAGGGCCGUCACCAUCGCGGCCAAACCAGGACAUGUAGGAGCACCACCCUGCGCUGGCUGCUGGCGGGGGUUCUCUGUCUCGUCGUCGCGGUAUCGCUCUUCUGGCCCUCAUACACGCAUCGGCCGCCUCACUACGAUCGUCUCCGGAGCCUUGCAGUCGGCAGCCAUUCACCCGGACGGGGGAACCCGCGCAACGAGAAGGUCUUCAUCACCGCGAACAUAUAUGACCCGGACGGCAGCUUGGCCCAGAGCCAAUGGAGCAAGAACAUACUCCAGCUGAUAGACCUGCUGGGGCCAGAGAAUUCCUAUCUAAGCAUAUACGAGAAUGACAUGAACGACAGUGCACGGGAUGCCUUGAACGCGAUGGCAGAGCAAACGCCGUGUAACCACUCCAUGGUCACUGAGGAGCAUCUCGACACGGCUGACCUGCUGCACAUCACCCUACCAGACGGAUCCAGAAGGCUAAAGCGUAUUGCCUUCCUGGCAGAGGUUCGGAACCGCGCUCUACGGCCGAUCAACCAGCCUGGAAUGAUGCGGUUUGACAAGAUCCUCUACGUGAACGACGUCUUUUUCGACCCGGUCGAUGCCCUCCAGCUGCUCCUGUCCACCAACGCGGACCGGGACGGUGCUACCCAAUACAGAGCUGCCUGUGCCGUCGACUUUAUCAACCCGUUCAAGUUCUACGACACCUUUGCCUCACGGGACCUGGAGGGUUACUCGAUGGGGCUCCCUUUCUUCCCCUGGUUCACCACCGCGGGAGACGGACAGAGCCGAAGGGAUGUCCUGAGCCAGCGUGAUGCCGUCCGCGUCAGGAGCUGUUGGGGAGGUAUGGUUGCCUUUGACGCACGGUACUUUCAACAGCCCUCCUCCUCCCCCAAGCAGCAGCAGCAGCAGCACAGUAAUACAUAUCGGUUCCGUGCUGAACCUGACCUCCUCUGGGAGGCAUCCGAAUGCUGUCUGAUACACGCUGACAUCCAGGAUCGAGAAUCUGUUGACACCGGGAUAUAUGUGAACCCGUAUAUCCGCGUGGCAUACUCCCCUUUCACGCUCUCAUGGCUAGGCGUCACCCGGCGAUUCGAGCGCCUUUUCUCUCUCCCUCACGAUGUGAUUAACCGCCUCGUAGGUAUGCCGUGGGUCAACCCCCGUCGGACUGAGAAGCCAGGCGAUCUCGUCGAGGAGAUUGCCUGGGUCGAGAAUGAAAAGGGUGAAGGCUCCUACCAGACCAUAUCCCGCACCGCUGGCACCGGUGGCUUCUGCGGUAACAGAGCACUUCAGGUUAUGAAGCCUCAUCCUCGACCGGGUGAAAAGACAUGGGAACUCCUCUCUCCUGAUUCAUUUUGA